GGCCCACCUUUCUGGCACCCCGAGCCCCAAGCCCAUCUCACCAGGUGGCUCUCCUUGGCAUUUUUUUUCCCCUGGGGGCCUCCUGUAGGUAAAGGUGGAGGGGCCCGAGCAUGGAGCUGGGCAGCUGCUUCAAGACCUACGAGGACUUCAAGGAGUGCUUCAGCGCCUACAAGAAGGAGAACAGGUGCUCCUUCAUCCUCAGGGACUGCGUCUCCGUCCGCUUCCACAACCUCAACCAUGGCACCCGCAUCCGCGAGGACAUCCUAUAUAUGCAGGUGAAAUUUGUCUGUAUUCGGAGCCAGUCAAACAGGAAGAGAAGGUCUGAGGCGGAUAUAUGUCCUGCAUACUUGCUCCUGCAGUACAACGAGAAGCUGGACAGACUGUUUAUCAGUGAACUCAACACCCAGCAUACCCAUAUGGGCUCCAAAACCAUGGUGCCUGGAGGAGAUGACCCUGGAAAAUCUCAAACGACAAUGUGCCUGCAGAAACCCCAGCCUGCCCAACCUCCGACCCAGGAAGACCUUGAGCUGGUAGAAAAGCCCUUGGCCACCACAACCUUUUGCUUCGAGGAGGCCCAGACCCCCUUGAAAACAGAACAAGAGGGCGUCAGUCCUUCUGACCUGGCAAAGAUAGCUAAAGUGAUGAAGAACUUCCUCAAAAUGGAUGAAGGUUCCAUGGCCUCUCUCAGUGUAGGAAAUAGCCAAGACCUCGACAGGCUCAGCUUCCAAAGCAGCAAAAUGAGUGAUCUGUUCAUCCGCUUCCCAGAGAAUCUCUUGCUACACCGAGUGGAGAACACGCUAGGGCUCAUCCUCUAUGCUUUUCUGGUGGAGAACAAGGAGCGGGAGAGUCGUGUGGUGCACUUUGCUGUGCUCAAGAAUGAGACGGCCUCCUCCAUGGCCAAGAUGCUGAGUAUCUUCACUGAGUUCAACUCUGAUUGGCCCAAAGUCAAAGUGGUCUUUGUGGACCCAUCUUUUCUUCAUAGAGCCACCCUCCAGGAAAUCUUCCCAGCCGCCCGCAUCCUCCUUUCCAUCUACCACACAACCCGACUCUUAGAGAAAAAGCUGCAUCGAAGCUCUGUAGACCUGCCUUUUAAAAGGCUGAUGAAGGAAGCCCUCCGGGAGGCAGUGUUUGUCACUUCUGACACCAGCCUGCAGAACCUCUGCCAGAUGUCGAAGUCCCUUCUUGAUGAGGAGCUCUUUGGCUUCCUGCAGGCCCACUGGUUCUCCUGUGAGCUGCUGUGGUACAUGCAUGUCAGGAAAGGUCUGCAUGCAUGCAGCACCUACAUGGACAGCCUCGAUGUGGUCACCAGCAAGGUGUCAAGUCUUUUCCGAGAACAGCAGUCCCUACUGGACUGCAUCCUCCGCUUUGUGGAUUACAUAGACUUCUUUAAUACCAAAGGCUUGAAGAACUUGCCCGCAGCACAUCCCAGGUUAAAGAGAUCCCAGCUAGCGGGGCUGUCCCCCAAGUCCAAGAAGGCCUUUGGAACCUGUGGAGGGAGCCUGACCAGACACCCAACGGAAGAGACACAGUCAGAACCACAAAUGCCACAGCCAGAGCCACAAGUACUGGAACAGACCUUCCAGAAAGACAUGCUGGACGCCUUGCACAAGAGUGGCUCCAAACUGGCCUAUAAGCUGUGCCACAAUGAGUGGGAGGUAGUACAGAACUCCUCCCACCUGGUGGACCUGGCUGGUCCCUCUGUGGCCGUGCAGCUGCUGGAGGAUUGCCACCAGGUUAGCAAAGAUGGCCGCAGCUGCACUUGCUCCUUUCAGCAGUGCUACCACCUGCCCUGCCGCCAUGUACUGGCCCUGCUGCACACCAACCAACAGCCCGUAGGUGAAGCCAUGGUGUGCCGUCGGUGGCAGAAGAGGUACCAGCACCUCCUCGAGCCCAACGGAGAGCUUCGGGACCCUGUUGUGUUUCCAAACAUGGGCCAGCCUGGGAAGCAAGGGUGUAGCGAUAUGAUCCUGGACCUAAGCAGGGAGCUGGCAAACCUGCUAAUGCAGAGUGAAGGACCAGAGCUGGAGGAGCGCUGCUCCACCCUGCGCAAAAUUGUGGACAUCUGGGCUAAUCGAUGCCAGUCACUAGAACCCACUCAGCAUCCAGGUGACGUUAAGGAUGUGGGCCUCCUCCCUUUUCUCUGGGGGAAGCAGGAGGAAGGGGAAGGACUCCCUCAGGUGGGAGCCAUGAUUCACAAUUGACCCCCCAGGCUGACUGACACCUUGGACC